GAUCUCCAUCUCUUUCUCUCUCUCGAAUUUUACCUUCUUCUUGCGUAAUAGUUCGGCCCCUGGAAGGCAAUUUCUGGAGCCCAGGCACUCAUUUACAGUGACAAUUAUCUGAGCGCCUAAUCAAGUUUAACAAAAAGUUUGUGGAAACAUAAAACAAUAGCCUCCAAGUGAAGCUUUUCCAAGAAGUAGGUGUCAUACUUGGUUUCUAACUUACUCCUACAAUCAUGUCAGCCCCGAAUGAUGAUAAUGCAUCUGCUCAUUCUCAGUUGUCAUCUCAUUUUUUGGCGGGCCUUCUGGACUCCAUAAUUGUUGAUGUUGCAUCUGAGUGCCACAGGAUAGCUAGGUUGGGUCUUGAUCGUAAUCUAGAAGAAGAAGAAGAAGAGUUGAGGCUGUCAACACAAGCUCGAGUGAUGGUAGCUGAUCCUAGUAAUAGUGGUGAAGCAAAUAGCAAGUAUGUUGUCGACAUAUUCGGCCAAACUCAUCCUGCCAUUGCCAAUGAAGUAUUUGAGUGCAUGAACUGUGGGCGGGCAAUCAUGGCUGGAAGGUUUGCUCCUCAUUUGGAGAAGUGCAUGGGCAAGGGUCGAAAGGCUCGGCUCAAGACAACAAGAAGUAGCACAGCUGCACAGAACCGAUACUCACGCAGCAGCCCAGUUCCAGCAUACUCUCCCUACUCCAAUUCCCAUAGCGUAAACCGGGUUGUAAACGGAACAACUGGUGUUACAGGUGAGGACUUUGUGGAGAGCACUUUUGAAGAGACAUGAAGUGUUCCGAGGAACAGUGAUCUUUCGACCAUCAACAGUGAGUGAGCAUCCUAAGUACAUACGACAUUGGUGUGGUGUUCGUGAAUAUUUUGUGUCUGCGAAUGGGAAAAUAUAAACUUACUUCAUCUCUUUGCCUUUGUGACUUGUUUGGCCUUGUGAAAUGAUGAAAGGGUAAGUUAAUCAAAAUCUCUAUUUGUUUAGUAGCAUGGCCUCAUUGUUGUUAAGCUUGACUUUGGAAUAUUACAAAUGAACAGUGCCAAUCAGAGGAGUACCUAAAACUGAGUUA